AAACACAAGAGCCACAACAAUUAGGAGACCCUCUUCUUUCUCAUUUUCCAUUUCCAAACCUUACAAAGAAGCUACCAGAGACUACUGGGAGAGAUUAGAAACCCAAAACCAGAACACCCUUCUAGCCAUAAAGCUCAAAUUUUGAUUCUUUUUUUGUUCUUGUUCUGGUUCUGACUUCUGAGAGCCCCACAAAUGGAUUGUUGGUCUCCUUCUCUUGCUGUUGACGACGAGUUUCAGAAGCUGGCUUUGAGAGUGAACCCUCCAAGGGUUACAGUUGAUAAUGGCACAAGCAGGAAAGCGACUCUGAUUAAGGUAGAUAGUGCAAAUAAGCGUGGGAGUUUGCUGGAGGUGGUUCAGGUUUUGAAUGAUUUGAAUCUCAUUGUAAGAAGAGCUUACAUUUCUUCAGAUGGGGAGUGGUUUAUGGAUGUGUUUCAUGUCACUGAUCAACAGGGGAAUAAGCUUUAUGAUGAUGGAAUAGCUGAGUGCAUUCAACAGUCUCUGGGACCAAGAGCGCGGAGCUUCCGUGCCUUGAGAAGUUCUGUGGGUGUCCAAGCUGCCUCAGAACACACUACUAUCGAAUUGACUGGAAGGGACAGAGCAGGCUUGCUUUCGGAGGUUUUUGCUGUUCUUGCUGAACUCAAAUGUAAUGUAGUUGCCGGAGAAGUGUGGACCCAUAAUUCAAGAAUGGCAUCAGUUGUUUACAUCACAGAUGAGGAAACUGGGAAGCCUAUUGAUGAUCCUUUGCGUCUUUCUGAAAUCAAAGAGUUUCUCCUUAAUGUGCUCAAGGCAGACAAAGAUAUGCGCACUGCCAACACUGCUGUAUCUGUAGGCUCUACACAUAAGGAGAGGAGGCUUCACCAGAUGAUGUAUGCAGACCGUGAUUAUGACCUGCACAGUGCAGAUUCUGGAUCAGCCAGUGAUCGAACCAAACCCUUUGUAACUGUUGAAAAUUGUGCAGAUAAAGGAUAUACUGUUGUGAACUUGAGGUGUCCGGAUCGUCCUAAGUUGCUCUUCGAUACAGUAUGCACCUUAACAGAUAUGCAAUAUGUGGUAUAUCAUGCAACUGUGAUUGCUGAAGGACCAGAGGCUUAUCAGGAAUAUUAUAUAAGACACACAGAUGGCUGCCCUAUAAGUUCUGAAGGAGAGAGGCAGAGGGUAAUCCAUUGCUUGGAGGCUGCUAUUCGAAGGCGAACUUCUGAGGGUAUAAGACUAGAACUCUGUGGUGAUGACAGAGCCGGUCUUCUUUCUGAUGUGACUCGCAUAUUCAGAGAAAACAGCCUUUCAGUCACCCGAGCUGAGGUCAUGACAAGGGGAUCCCAAGCUGUGAACGUUUUCUACGUGACUGGCGCAUCUGGAAAUCCAGUGACGAGUGAGACUAUUGAGGCAGUUCGGCAAGAGAUUGGUUUGACAAUACUACGCGUAGAAGAAGACAUGUACUCAAAAUCUCCACCACAGGAGAGUGGGAGAUUCUCUCUAGGAAAUCUCUUUCGGACAAGAUCAGAGAAGUUCCUUUACAACUUGGGUUUGAUCAAGUCGUGUUCUUGAGUGCAUCCGAUUAGGUUAAGUAGGUAAUGUUGUCCAAUGCCUGUAUAUAUUAGGAUGCUUUCCAGUUAGCUGUAAAUUGUGCUCUCUGAAACUGCCAAUGCAAAAAGCGUUCGGUUCAAUCUCCUUGUUGAUCUUCGUCUAGGCCUGCAACUUCGGAUUUCCCCCUUGUACAUACAUUUCCUCAGCUUCCUAUUUCAGUCCCUGAAGGUAUGGUAAUGGCAAAUACUAUGUAUUGUAAUACGCGACUCAGAAGUAUCUAUGUCCCUGAA